UUGACAGUGAAUAAGAGUCCAAUCAAUCACACAUCAACUUUUCACACUACCAACACACCAACUUUCUCCUCUCUCCCUCUCCCCAACCUGAAAGCUUUCCGCCCAAUCUCAACUCUCAACACUACAUUCAAUCAACAGAACUCCAUAAUUUCUCAAUUCAAGCUAUUCAAGACAGAAAUCAAAGAACAUGAGUGAAGAAUCAAAGCGUGUAAUGGCGGAAAAAACUUCAACUGACGAUCGGAAACCUUCUUCAACAUCAACUGGAAAACGCAUCAUUGUUAAGAGCGCUGAUAUGUCGGAAGACAUGCAGAAAGAAGCUGUCGACAUUGCCAUUGCUGCAUUUGAUAAGAAUAAUGUUGAGAAAGAUGUAGCCGAAAGUAUUAAGAAAGAGUUUGAUAAGAAACAUGGACCUACUUGGCACUGCAUUGUCGGUCGCAAUUUCGGUUCAUACGUGACUCACGAGACAAACCACUUCAUCUAUUUCUAUCUGGAUCAGAAAGCUGUAUUACUAUUCAAAUCUGGCUGAGAAUGUCCAGGGUUUCUUCCAGAAUGUUGUUAUUAAAUCAAGAUUUGUGACACCAUGAGGCUAUGAUAUAUAAUUAUAAUUGCUGACAAGCUCGUGUACGUAUUUCUAUUUAAAACCCUAGAAUGAAGUGUUAUUGGUAAAAAUUCUUGUGCUUGUAUAUUUUACGCUCUGAAUCACGCUUCUCCUUAUUACCAACUAGGUAUUGGAAGCUUGGACGGCUGAACGCAUUUAAUUGCUACUCACAUCGAAUGCUAGAAGCUUUUCAGUUCACUAUGUAAUCGUUUGAAAUAUGUUGUUGUUCACUUGUUCUGAAGUGCAGAUGCCUUCUUUCAUGGCUUUAUUGUCAA